CGUUACGUCUAUAUAUAGAACCCGGAAAGGUUAUUCAAGGACAAGCACCUACGGAUACACCGGUGAAUAACGUUUUGUAUUGCUGUGAAUGCAGUAUAGUCCGUAUUGGCCGACAAGAACAGAAGUGUACUACUAGCUGGCAAGAUGAAGCGCGCUUGGCUCCAACACCUUGUGGCAAAAAAGCUCGGAGCCGACGCCGUGAGCAUCGGCCGAUCAGGCGGGGAGACGAGCACCUUCAGCCCGCCUACCACGGUGCAUGGGCACGGUGACUACGUGGGGACCGGACCGACUGCUCAACCCUGCACAGCCCGGCCGUUCGAAGAUAUGCCCGGGCCGAGAGGGCUACCUCUAAUUGGAACACUGCUGGACUACACACCUCUAGGUCCUUUCAGCUUGAAAAAGCUACACGAGUCCUUUUUCGAGCGCUACCGGCAGUUUGGGAAGAUCUCCAAGGAGACGAUCGGGAACAAGUGCUUCGUCAGUGUGUACGAUCCGCGAGACAUCGAGACACUGUUCCGUACCGAGGGUCCCAACCCGAGCUGGAUGCAACUCAUGGCACUGGGUGAGGUCCGCAAGAGACUCGGGAAACCCUUAGGGAUGAUCAACGAAACGGGGCAGAAAUGGCGACAGCUGCGCUACGCGGCUCAGUCUAAGCUUCUCAAUCCGAAGAGUGUUUCCAGUUUCGUUCCCGUCCUGGACGAGAUCUCGCGAGACUUCGUUGAGAAGCUACGCACGGGGAGAUCUGCAGCAACCCUGGAACCCACCAUAGACUUGGACGCAGAGCUCCGAAAAUGGUCCCUGGAAUCGGUGGUGUCGGCAACCCUGGGCAUACGACUCGGCUGUUUACAAAAACAUCGACAGAUUCCCGACAAAGAUACCGAGGACCUCCUCCAAAGCAGCGACGCCUUCUUGGACACGUGGUCGAAGCUGGAACUUGGACCUCCCCUCUACAUGCUGUACCCAACCAAGACAUGGAGAAAGUUCCUUCGGGCAAACGAACUGUGGCUAAGUGCGGCUGGCCGAAUGAUUGACAGAUCGUUGGACCGUAGCGAGAGUGAACGGGAUCCUUUGCAGCCGGAAGUGACGUUACUGGAACACAUCGUGACCCGGAAGGAGUUAACUCCCGACGAUGUCGUCAUGAUCAUCACCGAGCUGAUCUUCGCUGGCAUCGAAUCGACGGCAGUUGCCAUGACUUACAAUCUUUACACAAUGGCUAAGAAUCAGCAUGUGCAAGAAAAAGUCAGAAGAGAAGUCAACGCAGUGGUGGGGAAAAGUGGAAAGGUCACACAAGAUGCCUUGAAGUCUUUGAAGUACGUCAAGGCAUGCAUAAAGGAAACGUCCAGGGUACUGCCCGCAUUUUCGAUGAGAAAUCGUAUUCUGGAUAAAGAGAUCGUCUUGGCCGGAUACAGAGUCCCUCCAAAUGUCAUCAUACGGGUGUUAACCCACGUCACCGGACAACUCCCGGAGUAUGUGGUGGAGCCGGACAGAUUCGCGCCCGAGCGAUGGCUGAGAGACGACACCACCAUACCGAAACCACACCCGUUUGCUGUCAGACCUUUCGGUGUCGGCACAAGAAGCUGUAUCGGCCAGCGACUGGCGGAACAAGAGCUGGGAAUUCUCCUGGCAAAGAUGAUUCAACAGUUUCAUAUCGAGUGUGACGGUGAGAUGGAACAGAUCUUCAACAUCGCCAACAAGCCAGACCUGUCCGGUACCUUCAAGUUUACAGAACUAUAGAAGGGGACAUUGUGUUUUGUGCUCUAAGGUUACCAAAAAAACACAGUAUUAAGCAUCAGCAUUGUUGCAUGCGUGAUCUUUAGUAUAAUAGUAAGGCUUAGCCCUUUUUAUUUGGAAAAGAAAACAUCAAUAUCUCCUUCAGUAUUAUUUUGUAUGUGUAUCAUUAUGUUUUUGAAAUUCUAUGUAACACUGCCGGUAAGAGUAAUACUUAGCUACUUCUUACAACACUGCUCAUAAGAUUUUAUCAUUUGAGUGACGAUUUUUAUUAUUUUAAUAUUUCCUUGUCUCUCUUUCCAACUCAAUGCAAUGAGAGGACUCAACUAUGUGAACAAGUUAAAGCUGCAGUUAGUUUUGCAUGAAGUUUUAAUGGUUCGUUAAGAACCUUGGGCCUUUUGAACUUACUUGCAUGGAUAGCACCCCACAUGCGUUCACUGAUAAAGAGCCGUAGCUAAUUUGUCUUGAGAUAUGUGGGACAAGAAUGUGAAACAAAGUUUGUUUUCUUGAGCAUUUAGAGCACUUAAAAUGAUCUUUUAGGUACAUUUGUUUGUUGUAUUCAUGACGACAAUGUGAAUGAAGUAUUGAGUUUUUGCAAACGGCAUUGUGUACCGUCCGUCUGCUAUCAAUGUUUAGAGUUGUGUAUCAAGAAAUGCAACAGAUUCGUAUUGCAUUGCAAUUGUUUUCUUUUGUUGUUUGUAAUAUAUUUAUGAUUUUAUGAACAUAAGACGCUAAUACACAUUUAAAAGAAAUAACUUCAUUCUGGAGAAAUUGCAUUUCCCUACAAACAGAGGUUAUUGAGUCAUAGCGUAAUCCAUAGUAAGACACACGACAAGACACAUUAUGAUAGAUUGCGACAAGACACAUUAUGAUAGAUUAUAACGAAGCGACAAGUGUUUACAUGGGAUACAUAAGUAUAUAGGGGGAUGCAUGGGUGACAUCCAUCUAUUCUUUAUCUGUUGUUAACUUAAAUGAAACCCAGAUUUAUAUUCUUUGGUUGACUGUUUCUUGUAAAGGAUAUUUAUUAAUAUGGAUCAAUAAAAAUCUUUAACGAAA